GUCACAGUGUCUUCCAGCCGCUCAAGCCAAUCUAAAGAUGUCUCCUAAAUUCGCACUUGCAAUUCUGGUCCUCAGCUGCGUUCUCCUGGGACUGACCAAUGCCCAGCACAACAACAGGCGCCAUCAGGCUGGGCCUUACCGACAAAAAAUUGGGACUCGAAUGAAUGCCGACGGCCCUUUGCCGCCAAAUUUCCCCCCUCCGGGUGAUAAUGCUGGAGGCAGCGAUGUCCCGGCCAACGUGGAUUGCAUGCCAAAUCUGCUGGCUAGUAACACCCUUGAUACCAGGAAACCUAGGCCCAAGCAUUAAUCGGAAACCCGAAAUGUUCAAGAACUAAACCAAAG